GGCUGCACCUGCCGGGGCUCGGCAGGACUGGUGGAGCCAUGCCGGCGGGCACGGCGCUGGGGCUGGACGUGCCGCUGACUGCCGCGCCCGGGCGGGACAGCGGCGGCGCGCACCGAUACACAGAUGACAACAUCAUUUCAAAACCUCUUUGACUCGAAUUAACUUCAUCCCAUUAAUUUGAUGAUGACGGGAGCUGAUAGAGGGUCUGGCCCUGACAUGGGUGGCUGUGCUCACUGCAAAGGGGCUGCAGCCCCUCCGGGCAGCUGGCUCUGGGCGGAGGCAGAGCUGUGGCUACCAGCAAGCCUGAAGCAGGAGUACAGGUGGAUGAGGAGCCAAUGGGAGCUCCAGGCAGCUAUGGGGCAGUGCAGCCACGUCUUCCCCCCCCAGCUCGGCACGCUAAACAUCCUUCAUGGCAACGGCACGGCUGUGGGGACUGUAAUAACGUUCCAGUGCUCUGCUGAGUACCAGCUGGAGGGACCUGGCUUCAUCACCUGUGUUUGGAAAGGGAAUGGUACCCAGUGGACAGCCGGAGUGCCCUCCUGCCAGCCCAUAUCAAAAUAUGAGAGUUUUGGAUUUAAGGUUGCAGUGAUUGCCUCCAUCGUGAGCUGUGCCGUCAUUCUGCUGAUGUCCAUGGCUUUUUUAACUUGUUGUCUUAUCAAGUGUGUGAAGAAAAGUGAAAGGAGGAGGACUCAAAGAGAUAUGCAGCUGUGGUACCAGCUCAGAGCCGAAGAACUAGAGCACAUGCAAGCUGCUUACUUUGGGUUUAAGGGAAGAAACAAUAACAACAAUAAGAAACUCAGGAAUAAAUCCGCAUUCGAUGAUGCGGCUAAAAUGGCAUAUGAUAACCAAGGCUUCUACAGGUUCCAGGAGGAGUGGCCUCGGGACAUCAUAGCUCCUGGGUGUUGCAAAGACAACAAUCAUCUGCCUAAGUUGACCAAGAGCAGUAGUACACUGAUGAAACAGGCUGUAUCGGGACACAACACUGCAGUACAGACAGUGAGCUCAAUACUUCUCGUUGAAGUCCAUGGACAUAAGGACAGUUUUAACAAACUGAGCUGCCAGAUACCUGCUGCUGUCUGAUACACAACUGCUCCUUUGCACCCAAAUGAAAUUUGGAUAGAAAUAUGUGCCUUAAAGACAACAUAGAGAGUGAAUUAUUCAUAUGAAUUUGAAAGUUUUCUAUAUUCCAAGAUGGUUAUUUAAUAAAAAUGCUUCAAGUUAUGAAAAAAA